AGCAGGGUGCAAAGGCGCGCAUGCGCUUGGGAGGCCAGGCUAGUUGGCAGGUGUCAGGGUCGGUCGGCUACGGGAGAUGUGGAAGCCGGUGCUGUUGUUCCUCACUCUGUGCGCCGCGGGCGCCCGUGGCCUCUACUUCCACAUCGGCGAGACUGAGAAGCGUUGUUUCAUCGAGGAAAUCCCCGACGAGACCAUGGUCAUCGGCAACUACCGAACCCAGAUGUGGGACAGGCAGAAGGAGGCCUUCCUGCCCUCGACCCCCGGCCUGGGCAUGCACGUGGAGGUGAAGGACCCCGACGGCAAGGUCGUCCUGUCCCGGCAGUACGGCUCCGAGGGCCGCUUCACGUUUACUUCCCACACGCCCGGUGAGCAUCAGAUCUGCCUGCACUCCAACUCCACCAGGAUGGCCCUCUUUGCUGGGGGGAAGCUGCGAGUGCACCUGGACAUCCAGGUAGGGGAGCACGCCAAUAAUUACCCGGAGAUCGCUGCUAAGGAUAAGCUGACCGAGCUGCAGCUCCGGGCGCGCCAGCUGCUUGAUCAGGUGGAACAGAUUCAAAAGGAGCAGGAUUACCAGAGGUAUCGUGAAGAGCGCUUCCGUCUGACCAGCGAGAGCACUAAUCAGAGGGUGCUGUGGUGGUCCAUCGCGCAGACUGUCAUCCUCAUCAUCACCGGCAUCUGGCAGAUGCGUCACCUCAAGAGCUUCUUUGAGGCCAAGAAGUUGGUGUAGCACCCUCUCCACAUGACCCUUCCUUUCUGCCUCUAUUAUUUGGUACUCUCCUACCUACUCCCUCCACCAUCUGGAUUUUUGGUGGAGAGAAGAGAGGAAAAAGAAUAUCACCUUGGUACCAUGAAAACAAACCACUCAGAUCAGAUACUUGUUUAACCCUGGUUCUCAA